AUGACCCUUCGCAGCAGCAGCAACUCGGACGGAAAGCGCCAUGGCUCCACGGGUGCCGAAUCAGCUCGCUCGACUGAGACAGUCAAAGGACCUUUUAGUUUCGCCGCCGUGAGGAGUAUGCCGUUGAAACUACAUACGAAGCGACAACUCGAACGACAGGACUCCGAGGUCUCACCCAGCACCAUCCUCCCCCACAAGCCGACACCUCCUCAUGCCCGUGGCGAGAUUGCGCCAUGGGAAAACACGCCGCCGUCGGACGCGCAGCUCGAGAACCAUCCCGGCAACUUGCCGGCAAUCAGCAGGCAGCCUCCCUCUGCGCAUCCGAUGCCUUCCUGGAAUACCGACGGUAACGCGCAGGUUCCAUCCGUAUUCAGUGGAAGCUUCUUCCAUAAUGACUCGAAUGAGAACAUUGGCCAGAUUUCACCAGGCUUUACACCUUCAGGAGGCGUCAUGGGAUUUCCAGGCGAUGGCGAGGACAGACGACCGUCAAUUGCGAGCGCCACGACAGUUUCGUCGACCGGCUCAAAGACCAGUGUGCAGGGAAGAGUGCACAGGAAACUUCAAGGCUUCUUUGGGGACGAUGUCGCCCUCCCUGGUGUCAUACAAGAUACUAGCAGCCGGCAGAAUUCGGAGGCGAGUCUUAUGCAGAACGGGGUUGCCUCGCUGCCACCGUUCGCGCCAGGCAUGGGAGGAUUGAGGGAUCGCCACAACUCCAUGCCAGGCAGCGGUCCGCCCAGUCCCUCAAAUUCACGACCUCGAACGCCUGUUCCUGUAGGGCCGAGCAGCGAGAUCACGCCGUGGGUUUUUCAAGAUCCUGGGAAAGCACGAGGAGCAUCUGAGUCUAUCUUUCCCGACUCCAGCAAAAAGACUCGGCUCCAUCUUCCCGGUCAUAGACAUAAUCGUAGCACCGACGACAAGCAGUCCGCCGGCCUUGGCUUCCCGCUGAGACCUACCACGAGCCGCGAACAGUCCUUCAGUAAUAACAUGCGACGGGAUACCGGACCUCCCGCCGGUGGUCUCAAGCAUGCUCGGUCUAUCAGUCCUUCGCCCAGCUCUCAUAGCGCUCAUAGCUCUCACGUCUCUCAGCGGACAGCAAGCAAUGCGCAGCCCCAAAAGCGGUCGCUAUUUGAUCGUGUCACUGGGCGACACAAGGGUGAUCGCAGUGGGUCAGAAAUGCCCCAGCAGUCCAACUCGGUCAUCUCACUGCCUGCCAUGCAACCAGCUGCGAGCAAGGGCCGAACAGAGCGUGUGGAUAGUAAGGCUGUCGCAAAGCCACCGAAAGCCAAGGCAGAUGGUGCGGGUGGCAGUGCUGGACAGAGAAAGGAGCAUCGUCUGCCGUUUAAAAGUAAACGCACUGACACCAGCGUCUUGGAGGGCAGCAAGCAGGUCAAAGAUCCCAAUGAGAAGCACGCUGAGGCUGGUGAUGCAUUGUGGCAUUUAGACACGGACAUGUCGCACAUGGAGGGCAUCGUGGACCACACGCAGCCGUUGUUGACGACACCGCCUCAAGGAGAAAUCUAUGCUGGCUGGCCUCCCGAGCAGGAAAUUCCUCUCGAGCCACAGCCUGAUCAACAGGGCGCGUGGGACGCUCCGGACAGCUGGGCAGUCAACAAAAUAGCCGAUGACAACCUACGCAGACUGACUGAGCUUGACGACGACGGCAAUGUUAUCAAGGACGAUGACCCUGGCCCAAUGUAUUUCAUGCGCAUUUUCCGUGCGGAUAGCACUUUUGCGGUCAUAUCUGCAAGCCUAAAUACCACGGCAGCAGAGCUCAUUUCGAUGAUGGCCAAGAAGACGUUCUUACAAGACGAAUUGGACAAGUAUCAGAUCAUCAUGCGUAAACAGGAUACGAGUCGACAGCUUGCGCCUGGGGAACGACCUCUUGUAAUUCAGAAACGGUUGCUGGAAAUGGCUGGCUACCAGGAACAGGACCAUCUGGAAGAUCUUGGACGCGAGGAUCAUGGGUACCUCUGCCGCUUCACCUUCAUGCCAUCCAAAAUGGGCGGAUACUCUAGUCUGGACCGCGAUCCUGGGUUCAGCAAGAUGCAGCGUUUCAAUCAUAUUKACCUUUCUGGUCGGAAUCUGAUCACUAUACCCAUUGGCCUAUACCACAGAGCCACCGAAAUAAUCACUCUGAACCUCUCACGCAACUUGACACUGGACAUUCCCAAGGACUUCAUCCAAAGCUGCACCUCGCUCCGCGAAAUCAAAUACACGAGCAACGAAGCAUGGAAAGUUCCAGCCAGCUUGUCGCUUGCGACCAGACUCACUACCCUGGACAUAUCAAACAAUCGGCUCGAACAAUUGGACCAUGCCGAACUGAACAAACUGCAAGGUUUGCUGAGUCUGAAGCUAUCGAACAACAAGCUCACGACUGUCCCGCCUUAUUUUGGACAGUAUCGAGCCCUUCGAAGUCUCAAUCUGUCUUCCAACUCACUUAACGACUUCCCUGACGCGCUACGCGAACUCACGACCUUGGUUGACUUGGAUAUCAGUUUCAACUCAAUUUCCGACAUGGGAGACGUUUCCACCCUCGUCAAUUUAGAGCGACUGUGGGCAACGAACAACAGACUAUCUGGCCCCUUUGGCAAGUCCUUCAGCCACCUAAUCAGUCUCCGCGAGAUUGACGCCCGCUUCAACGCAAUCUCCAACAUCGACAUCGUGUCGCAACUGCCGAAUCUGGAAGCACUCAUGCUUGGCCACAACUCCGUGUCCCAGUUUGAGGGCUCCUUCCAUUGUCUCAAAGUUCUCUUCCUCAAUCACAAUCCAGUCACCAACUUCGACCUCAACUCUCCCGUUCCGACUCUUUCUGUUCUCAAUCUGGCUUCUGCCAAGCUCGCUCAGCUCCCGGAUGCUCUUUUCAUGAAAAUGGCGGGUCUCACAAAGCUGACAAUAAGUAAGAACCACUUUGUCUCGCUUUCGCCCCAUUUUGGCCUCCUGUCAAAGCUCGAAUAUCUCAGCAUCGCAAAGAAUCAGCUCAGCAGGAUACCGUCAGAGAUCGGACGAUUGCAUGAGCUAAGGUACCUUGAUGUGCGAGAGAACAACCUCAGUGUGCUUCCGUCGGAGAUAUGGUAUGCCAAACGAUUGGAGACUCUGAACGUGUCGUCGAAUGUGCUCACCGACUUCCCGAAACCUGGUGCGCCGAUGCCAGAACCGGCGAAUGCUUCCAUGUCGGUAACGCCUGCCCUCCUGAAUCCAGCCUCAGGCGGUAGUCCUGACUUUGAGGAACUUGGGAAGCUAGAGGAUUUCCAGCUCCGCAGACCAAGUCAAGCAUCUGCUGGACUCACAGUUUCUAGCUCUCCUGGGACUGCGUCUCGCAAAGGCUCUGUGGUGUCAUAUCACUCAGGCAAGGGAAUACUCAAUAGAGCGAGCACCGCCAGCAGUAUUGGCACAAUUACCCCAGGUGGAGGAGCCCGCAAGGACUCGAGUAUUUCGAGUAGACUUGCGGCGACUUUUGCAGGGUCGUUGAGGCACCUGUUUCUGGCGGACAAUCGUCUUGAAGACGAUGUGUUUAACGAAUUGGUUCUCCUUCCGGAAUUGCGCAUCCUCAACUUGUCCUACAAUCAAAUCUACGAUGUUCCUACCCGCACCAUCAGGAAGUGGACACACCUCACCGAGCUAUACCUUUCCGGUAACGAUCUGACGUCCAUACCAUCGGAGGACCUUGAGGAAGGCUCUUCUUUGAAAGUGCUGCACAUCAACAACAACAAGUUUCAGGUUCUCCCAGCAGAGCUCGGCAAGAUCCAGCGACUUGCGAUUCUUGACGUCGGCAGCAACAUGCUCAAGUACAACGUUUCAAACUGGCCGUACGAUUGGAAUUGGAACUGGAACCGUCAACUACGAUACUUGAACCUGUCUGGCAAUAAGCGGCUGGAGAUCAAACCCAGCGCGCAAGUGGCAAAUGGUAGAGAGCAGCGCGAUUUGACCGACUUUUCCUCGCUGCUCAACUUGCGAAUACUGGGCUUGAUGGAUGUUACACUCACUAUUCCGUCAGUGCCGGACCAGGCGCCAGACAGGCGCGUUCGACUCGCGGGAUCUACGAUUGGAACGUCGAUGCCGUAUGGAAUGGCCGACACGCUAGGGCGCAACGAGCACUUGUCCACGCUUGACAUGGUGGUUCCUCGUUUCCGAGGGCACGAAGAUGAGGCACUUAUAGGUCUCUUUGAUGGCCAGUCACUCUCUUCUGGCGGCAGCAAGGUGGCAAAGUUCUUGCACGAGAAGUUCAAGCACCACUUUAUCGAGGAACUGGAAAAGAUCAAGCACGAUGAGACGGCAAUGGAUGCGCUUCGACGUACCUAUCUUGGCCUGAACAAGGAAUUGGCGACUGCCGCCACCCAAGCGAUUGAUUCUCGCGAGCAUCCCAGUAGCUCUAUCGUUCACCGCGGUAGCGUGGUCAGCCCUCAACUCGGCGAGGACGACCUUGUCUCGGGCAGCACAGCAACUGUCAUGUACCUGCAUGGCAUGGAACUUUACAUCUCGAACGUUGGGGAUGCUCAAGCCCUGCUCAUCCACUCCGAAGGUGGCCACAAAAUAAUCAGUCGAAAGCACGACCCGGCCGAAGCAACUGAGCGACAACGCAUUAGAGAGGCUGGUGGCUUUGUGUCGAGACAGGGAAAGCUCAACGACCAGCUUGAUGUCUCCCGCGCCUUCGGAUACGUCCAACUUGCUCCAUGCAUGAUCGCAGCGCCGCAUGUGAGCAAGGUGGAUAUCAAAGACUCCGAUGAGAUGAUACUCUUGGCUUCACGAGAGCUCUGGGAUUAUCUCACACCCGACUUCGCUGUCGAUGUUGCCCGACAAGAGCGCAAUGAUCUCAUGCGAGCUGCCCAAAAGCUCCGGGACCUUGCAAUUGCAUUUGGGGCGACCGGCAAGAUAAUGGUAAUGAUGGUGGGUGUGAGCGAUCUCCGCAAACGGGAGAAAGCACGGUUCCGGACACACUCUAUGAGCAUGGGUCCUUCAGGUUCGCCCGAUGACUACUUCACGACUGUGCGAAAGGCCAAGCGUGGACGAGACGCUGUGGGCGAUUCAAAGCUCGCACGCUUGGACCAGGAAGUCGAUGCACCGACAGGUGAGGUGACACUGGUGUUCACGGAUAUCAAGAACAGCACAAUCCUGUGGGAGACAUAUCCCAUCGCGAUGCAGUCAGGUAUCAAGAUGCACAACGAAGUGAUGCGAAGGCACUUGAGGAUCAUUGGCGGCUAUGAAGUGAAGACGGAAGGUGAUGCUUUUAUGGUAGCAUUCCCAACAGUCACCAGCGCACUUCUGUGGUGCUUCACGAUUCAGAGCCAGCUGCUUGAAGUGCAAUGGCCACAGGAGAUUCUGAACAGCGUGCACGGCGAGGAGAUGCAAGAUGGUGACGGCAACGUCAUCUUCCGCGGCCUGAGUGUGCGGAUGGGCAUCCACUGGGGACGUCCUGUCUGUGAGAUUGAUCCCGUCACCAAGCGCAUGGAUUACUUCGGGCCAAUGGUCAAUCGCGCGGCCCGAAUUGAAAGUGUCGCAGACGGUGGUCAGAUCUGUGUCUCAUCCGACUUCAUCCAAGAAGUGCAGAGAAUGCUUGAGAGUCAUAUUGAAUCAGAUCGAAGCACCUCGACCGGCUCUGAGGACACGAUCGGGGACGACAUCUUGAGUCAAACCAUCCGUCGUGAGCUCAGAUCGCUGAGCAGUCAAGGUUUUGAAGUGAAGGACUUGGGCCAGCGAACGCUCAAGGGUCUUGAAAWUCCAGAGUACAUUUAUCUCAUGUACCCGCACUCGCUAGCUUCUCGUUUGGUCGUGCAACAGCAAAAGGCAGAUGCUGAAACGCGUGCAAACAUUGCAAGCGAGAACGAGGCGAAGAAGACUCGCAACAGUCAGCUUACGAUUGACACUGAUACCGUUUGGGAUCUUUGGAACGUCAGUCUCCGGCUGGAGAUGCUCUGCAGCACUCUGGAAAACACUGGCAUUCGGACACUCAAGCCGCCUKAGACGGCACUGCUGGAAAAGAUCAAGCAUGGUGGAGGUGAAAUAACGGAUCGAUUCUUGCUCAACUUUGUGGAGCAUCAAGUUAGUAGAAUUGAGACGUGCAUAUCCACACUUGCUAUUCGGAACAUGAUUCGGCCAUUUGCGAAUGGCAUGCUAGAACAGGCAUGUCCGAUGUCAGAUAUUCUCGGAGGUCUCACAUCACAGCUCGACGAGCUGAAGAGGCUGAAGUCACAGACCGCUGGGUAG